AUGGCGCGUUCGAUUCUAUCUCCCACAUCCGCCGUAAGAGCUUCUUCGGUGGACGUCGAGCACCGGAUCCCGCACAAUCCCCGCCGCACGCAUCCCAAGAAAACAGAACCACCACGCCCGAGAAGUGUACCCCGAAGAUAUCCAUUUCGGACCUCCUUAAACGCUGCAUCUCGAGAAAAUCUCAAGUGUUGGUGCAGAGGAUUUAGGUGGCUCGUAUUUGGGAUACAAAACAUGGCUACCCAUUCCGCCCAAAGUGGAGAACCUCGGUCCAUUUUGAACCCUGCAUCACUGGCUUAUAUUGGGGACUGCAUUUACGAGGAUGCUAUGUUGCAAAAACUUAGGAGUGACGAUUUCCUAUCACAAGAAGAGAGUACCAUUUUUGUAGUAGUCAUUACGGACGGGCUCCAUGAUAGUGAAAUUGGUUAUCUGUACCUUACAAAUGUUCAACGGCUGGAGGAGAUCAUGGAAAAAAUAGGCUUUUCCAUAGAUACUUCUAAGCCCCCUGAAGAAGAUAGAAAUAAAACGGGGGUUUCAAACGAGGACUUUUAG